AUGGACGCUAGUAAACAAAGGGGAAGGAAAAUACCUUCAAUAGAAGUGAAAAAAACCAUAGCAGAGGAGGAAUUUAAAAAGAAGGAUCUAAAGAAUAAUAUUGAGGAAAUUUUUGCCAAAAAGAAGGAUGCCUUUGCAAUUGAAAUGAAAAUGAAACGUCUCAUAAGAAAGAAGGAGAAGAAACGACAAAAGUCUACGGUGACUGCAUCAGUCAAGCUGAGAAAAUCAGUGUCCUCCCCUCUAAAACCGAAGACAUAUCACUACCUUAAUGAAAUUCUGCAAGAUUUCAAUUACUUCAGAGUAAAGCCUCUGCCAAUAGAGAAAAAACUAGCCCUAGUAGAUGUACAACCACAUGAAGUAGCUGCCCUUUCAACACCAGGAGAACUCGACUCAUUGUUAAAGAUGGCUGAAUUAUCCUAUUCCAAAAUUCACACCCAACUUUCUCAAAUACCUGAUGAUGACCAAGUUGUAAGAGAUAAGAGAACAACGUUUACCCUUCUCGCGGAUCAACUAGAAUCCAUCAAAGAUUUGACAGCCAAGACAAGAGAGUACUAUAAAAUUGCAAGUGAAAGAAUACCUGAUUAUAUGUACGAGUUUCUACCUGAUAAGGAGCUGGAUGAAUUUGCUGAGGAAACAAAGAGAAAUUCAAUGGUUGUAAAUAAGGAAGGAAAGGGCUACUCUUAUCCUCAUCCAAUAGAUAAUUUCAAUAAGAAAAAGGCAGCUGGAGUUGUUGGUUACUAUAAGAGCGUUCUUCCAAAGAAUGAGAAAAGAGGUACUAGGCCAUCAUCUGCUCCACCAACUAGGCAAAAUCAAUCCUCUGUAAAAAAUACACCUAAGAAUAAGGUUAUCCCUAACAAAAAAGAUAUACCUAAAAAGAAGCAAUUAAGAAUACAGGUUGACCAAAAAGAUUUCCAAACCAUUGUCGAAGAAGAACUAGGUUCAAGCCCAAGUAGUUCCAUAGCAAGUGCUGGUGAAAAUAGGAGAACGACCAUGAUGAAGAGUACUCCUGGUACAGCUUCCAAAUACUUUAAUUUGGCAGAUUCUGCAGAUGAAGGCCAAAUUGAUCUACAUCCAAUGUAUUAA